AUGCCAAGGAGUACAAGAAGAGGAUUCUCCAAAGCCCUAAGAACUGUCAAGGACGGUUUCGACAUCAGGGAAUACCCUGGGUGGUCGGGGAAACUUAGUUUCGUCCUUAUUUUUUCUGGUUCUGGAACAGGGGUUGAUUACACCCGUUCCAUUCGCGAAUCGCAUAACGAAAUCCGCAAUAUCCAGGAGAAAAUGUCUCUAGCCAGCGUUCACCCAGCCAAUGGCCUCAACAACAGAAGUGAAAGUUUCAGCUCCAUCUGCUCAUUGGAUGAUUUACCAACCUACUUCACCUCUGAGGCAGUCCUCUCUAUUGAGGAACUGAGGCUUCAACUUAACUCCUGCUUUACGUGUGGUGUCUCCUGGCAUGACGAACAUGUUUCCUUAGAUUGUGAGGAGUGUGGUGGAUAUUCUCUCGAGAGGCCUUGCCCCAUCUGUGAAGGUCACUGUUCUUCCACGUGGAAGAGGGACCUUACAAUGUCCCAUGCUUGCGGUAAAGCCAGGUGGGAAGGAAACUGCAGCCUCAGUAAGCCCUGUUCUCUCUUAUCGAAUUCCGAAGACGAGGCGAGGCUUUGCAGUCGACUCGAAAAACUGACUGCUUCUUCCUAAAACCACUUCCUACUCUUCAUUAGGGAAACAGAAAAGUUUAGAAAAAUUAUAUGUCUUUCAUCAGCUUUCCAAUGCAUUAGAGACCUAUCAAGUCAAAAAAUUACAGAAAGCAGUUUGUUGUAUACUUAAGCUUGAGAAAUCUCAUAGUCUAUAAAAUGUAUAAAGUUUUCUUUUUACUGUAAAACCUUUUGAUGCAUUUAUAAAUUAGCAGUUUGUACAUUUGAUAGGAACUCUAUAUCCUUAGACAUAUAACAGAAGAUGGAUCUUUGCAGAGAAUUAUUUAAUGAAGGUGUUUAAAACUGCAAAUUUUAAUGUAUUGUUGCUCUGCGGGCUGUCAUGAUGUCUAUUAGGUGUAUCGUAUUUAUUAAAGUAUUAAUAAAAUCAUUAGGUGAAAUCGGAUUCCGAAAAAAUGUAAUUUAUUACACAAUGUACUGUUGAAUAUUUCAUGCUAUAAUUAGAAGAAAUACUUGUUGUAAAUAUCUGUAGCGCAUAUUAUAAUUAGUUAAUUCAUCAUAAACUUUAUCAAACUGUUAAACACGGAAUCCAUUUGUGUAAAUGUGUAUGAAUGAAUGUAAAUUGGACUGAGUGUCUAGUCCAUGUAAGACUUAUUUUAUUUUAGUUGUUACCAUAAUUGUGGCAAUUCAGUUUAUACAUAUGUUUUAUACUUCAGUAGAUUAGAAUUAUUUAAUUAAAUUCUAUAAAUAAUAUUUUGUCAUAAAUUUAUUUUUCAUGUUCAUUUUCUAAUUAUUGCCGUGUCUUUUUUUAGAUUUCUCAUUUUAACUAUUUAUUAUUCUAGAAAAAUCCUCAUUGCAAUAUUAAAAGCCCAUAUACUUUUUAAUUUGUAUAGUUUCUUUUUUUGGUACAUUGACGUUUUCCAUCAAGGAUACUAAAAAAUAUUUCUUGUACAACAGAAAAAUAAAUAAACAUGC